AUGUCCCAAGAUUCUAGAUCUAAUUCUGCGGAAGUUGCUGAUUUGAGGACUGGUAGUCCAUUAGGUAGAACGAUCUCUGUUGAUUCUAUCGCAUCGUUAUUUAGAAAGAGAAAGAGAGCGGAUAGUGAAUCAGCAACCCCAACACCAGUUGAAUCACCACAUGAUUCAGAUACUACUGAAAGCGAUAAAGAAGGUACGCGUGACACCAAAAGAAGAAAGGUUAAAACUAAAGAAGAGAUAGAGUUUGAAGAGAAUGAAAAAAAGUUAGAUGCUGAGUUGCCAGAGGAAUUAAGAAAAUAUAGGCCGCUUGGGUUUAAGUUUAACAUCCCACCCAAAGAUAGACCUAUCAGGAUUUAUGCUGACGGGGUGUUUGAUUUGUUUCACUUAGGUCAUAUGAAGCAAUUAGAGCAAGCCAAGAAAGCAUUUCCUAAUGUUGCGUUGGUGUGUGGAAUUCCUUCUGAUGUGGAAACCCAUAAGAGAAAGGGAUUGACCGUGUUGACUGAUCAACAGAGAAUCGAAACAUUGCAGCAUUGUAGAUGGGUUGAUGAGGUUAUUCCCAAUGCUCCUUGGUGUGUAACUACUGAAUUUUUACUCCAGCAUAAAAUUGAUUAUGUUGCCCAUGAUGAUUUGCCAUACGCGUCUACCGAUUCAGACGAUAUUUAUAAGCCUAUCAAAGAAAUGGGGAUGUUCUUAACGACCCAAAGAACAGAGGGCAUUUCAACGUCAGAUAUCAUCACCAAAAUCAUUAGAGAUUACGAUAAGUAUUUGAUGAGAAACUUUGCCCGUGGUGCAACAAGAGAAGAAUUGAAUGUUAGUUGGUUAAAGAAAAAUGAAUUAGAAUUCAAAAAGCAUAUUAAUGAUUUCAGAUCCUACUGGACGAAAAAUAAAACAAAUAUUAAUAAUGUUUCCAAAGAUCUUUAUUUCGAAGUAAGGGAAUAUAUCAGGGGUAAGAAAACAGGAUCAUCUUCCCUGUCAGAUAAUAAUAGUAUCACUUCAGAAUUUGAUGAAGUGAAUUCAAGAGCCAACUCUCCAUUGACGGACUUUGCUUCCAAGUAUAUCGGAAAUGCUAAUAAAGACCUCAAUGGUAAAUCUAUUUUAGCUAACGUUAAAGGAUGGAUAAAAGGGGAUGAAUUAUCAGCUAAUGAGAAAUCUGAACCAUCUCUGGAAUCUUUAUCUAGAAAAUCGACUAGAUCUUCCACAAGAUCUUCGAAGUUGAACAAUAAUAAAUCCUCGGCGUCUUCUGUAUCAAGUUCCAAGUCGCCUAAAAUGACCUCCAAGUCGGUUACAAGUACUCCUAAAAAUUCAAAGAAGAUCAACAAGAGAACUCAAAAAUCUAGUUAA